CAGAGAGAGCGAGAGGCGCGUUCACAAGGAGUCAGUUCUGCGCGCGUGAUGUCUCGCGCAGCGGUGUUUUUUGGGAAAAGCUAACGCUUCAGACGGAUCAUACAUGUUCCGAUUCCAGUCCUUUGAUGAUGACUGUACUCUGGAGGAGGAGGAGGAAGGGGGGCUGGUAGAGGAGGAAGAUGAAAUCGACCAGUUUAAUGAUGACACUUUUGGCGCCGGGGCAAUUGAUGAUGACUGGCAGGAGGAGCAUGCCCGGCUGGCAGAGCUGGAUGGGCUGUUGGGAACAGGUGACUCCUCAUCUGCCUCUGCCCCUCCUCCUGCCAAGAGUGCAGCACUCCCCUCCUCAUUUCCAAUAUCCUUGUCUUCCUCGGUUCCUCCUCCUGGCUUAGGGGACAAGCCUGGAGGUGAUCUAGCAGAGUCGCUGACUCGCCUCAUCCUUGGCUCCGAUCCUGCCAUUGCUGGAGUGGGUGCUGCUGAGCCCGAUAGGCCCAGCCUCACAUCUGCACCUUCGAAUCAGGCACUGCCUCCAGCAUUGGGUGCCAUGCCCAGUUCGUUGCUUAGCUACCAGCAACAGCAGCAUCUGCUGCACAGAGGGGCAGGGCCGCUUCAGCAGAUAAAUUCUCACAGUAUUUGGGAAAACAGUAUGGGUUUUGGUCCUGUUAGUGUCGCUCCUGGACUUGUCACUCACAUGGAGGACUCUCCAUUGAUGUCCAUCAUCAAAGAAGUGGGACUUCCCAAAAGAACACCUCAAGUUGGCAGGGAGGAGGGUCGGGACUUAUCGGAAAGAGUACCACCUCCUCGUUCCUCCUCCCCUGUAAUUGGAAGUCCACCUGUAAGGGCAGUACCUAUUGGAACGCCACCAAAACAACCCAUGGGCCAUGCUCUGAAUCAGCAGAUCCACCAUCCCACAGCUGUGCAUGUGAGAGCUCCAGUGCAGCACCGUUAUCCCCAUCCCUUCCCUGAGCGCCUCUCCCCCAACACCCUCCUCAACAUUGCUAACUCUCCACUGUGCCGCCCUCCAUUUCCAGGUGUAGGUCCAGUCCUGUCUCAAAUACAGAGGGCCCAGUUGCUCAACUCUCAGGUUGGUCCUUUUCAAAGGGGUCCUGGUCCAGCUCCUCCAAUGAUGCCUGGUGGGGGUGGGGGCUUCAGACCAUUUUUUGGGCAGCCUCCUCCUAGAGUGGGCCCCCAUCCACCUCACGCUCCGCCUCCUAACCAUGCACCCAUCCGGCACAACACCACGCACCUCCAUCCCCAGCACCGCAGGAUGCUUACCCAGAGGAUGCAGAGCAGAGGCGAUCGAGGUGGAGGUAGAGUGGGAGGAAUGGACAGGAGAAGUAGGGACCCCUAUAGUAAUCUAAUGACUCAGAAGGAGAAGGACUGGGUAGCCCGCAUUCAAAUGAUGCAGCUCCAGAGCACUGACCCUUACCUGGACGACUACUACUAUCAGAAUUAUUAUGAGAAGAUGGAAAAGCGUCAGGAGCGGGACAGAGACAGCAGCAGGAAGGAGCACACCACCAAACUCAUCACCCCACAGGUGGCCAAGCUAGAGCACACCUACCGGCCAGUCCAGUUUGCUGGUUCUCUGGGUAAACUAACUGUCUCCAGUGUAAACAACCCCAGGAAGAUGAUCGACGCUGUGGUAACAACGCGUACUGAUGAUGAGGAGAAGAGAGAAAAACAGGUGUGGAACAAAAGAAGGCAGAUCCUUUACACUGUGGAAAAGAUGUACAGUCUGUUGCUGGAGGUGCAGGACUUUGAGAAGAAGUUUCUGCAGACCCCUGAGGAGCAGAGAGAAACUAUGCUGGAGCAGCACAAGACACACACACUACAGCUCUACAAUUCACUCCGAGAGAAAGAGUGGGAUGACCGAGUGAGUGAUGAGCAGUGUUUGAUGAUCAUGUCUGUACGAAAGGGGAAGCGCCUUGUCUCCAGGCUCAUGCCCUUGCUCCCUCCGCCACAAGCUGCUGCCGUCGUCAUGGCCGUUGCCCGCAACCUUCCAGCUCUAGCCAAGAAGGACAAGCAAGAUCAGGUCCUUUGCUGGCUGGUGGAGCCGGUUGCAGUUGUAAUCCAGUCCAUGUCCAGCUCAGCUCUCACUGACCUAUUACAAGAACUGCAGGGAAGUGAGGGGCAAUUUCCACGAGUGCUGCAAAAUAAGUUUGGUGUGACGCUGCUUUAUCUGAUUCUGAGUGAGGGUGAGAGAAUGCAGAGCUCUGAUCCCAACUGUCAACUCAUGGAUGACAAUCGAUGGACAGAGUUGGUAUUCUCAGUGACGAGGGAGCUUUUGAAGGUCCCCUCCUCAUCCCUCUCGCCUCCUCUUUUUACUCCUCCCAAUCUUCUCUCCCUCUUUUCCCGUUAUGUGGACAGGCAGAGACUAGAGCUGUUGCAGGAGAAGCUACAGAUUACUGCCUUGUCCAGGUAGAAGUUACUUCACACAUCGUGUCGCUGUUGAAGAGAGUCUGACUGUUAAUGUCUGUGUGGGUGUGUAUGUGCAUAUGUGUGCACAAACAUUUGUUUGUGUGUUGGAGAAGUAAUGUUUAGGGCUGAUAAUGAUUUUAAUCCAGCAGAAAACUGUCACUUUCUUUUUCCCCUCCUGGUUCUAAGUUAGGUAUGUCUGUCAGAGUGUGUGUGCGUGCGUGCGUGCAUGCGUGUGUGUACGUGUGUGUGUGUAAGUGUUAGAUGGAGGUUGAAACUGAGAGGAAUUAAUCUGCAUUUUUAAAUAUCUUGUUAACACUGAUGCCUGUGAUAAAACAUGAAAUUAAAAGUAUUUCUAUUGUAUAAAA